AGUAGAAUAUAUUAAAUAUUAAAACACGGCGUUUGACCUCGUAAAAAUCGUAAGACUGUCCAAGUCAGUCACCAAACCCCAACUCCUCCAUUGCCAAACCUUGAAAGACCUUUUCAAGUUUCAAUGUAAACAAAUCCCUUUCAAACCUACUACUCCUAAAACAUAUUCGAAAUCACCUUUCUUCUACCCCUUCUUCAUUUCUCAAUACUAAAACAAAACAUUAUUAUUUCAAGACUCUGUUUCUGACUUUUCCGGUCAGUGGGUUGAUUUUGAGUUUUGGGGUUAUUCAAAGACUCAAUUUUUAAGAAUUCUGAUCUACGGUUUUGUUGUAGUUCAGAGGGUUUUUGAAUUUUUGGGGUUUCAUGGCGGAUUUAGUGAAGCAGAUCUUGACAAAGCCGAUCCAGUUAGCAGACCAGGUGAUAAAGGCCGCUGAUGAGGCAAGUUCGUUCAAGCAAGAAUGUACUGAUCUCAGGUCCAAAACUGAGAAACUUGUGGCUCUUCUCCGACAGGCUGCACGCGCCGGCAACGAUCUUUAUGAACGGCCCACGCGUCGGAUCAUUGACGAUACUGAACAAGUUCUUGAAAAAGCUUUGGCUCUUGUGCUAAAGUGCAGAGCCCAUGGACUUGUAAAGCGAGUUUUUACCAUCAUACCUGCUGCACAAUUCCGUAAAAUGUCUUCUCAAUUGGAAAACUCCAUUGGUGACGUGUCUUGGCUUCUCCGUGUUUCGGCUUCAGCUGAUGAACGAGCUGAUGACUGUUUGGGUCUCCCUCCUAUUGCUGCUAAUGAGCCAAUUUUAUGCCUAAUUUGGGAGCAGAUCGCUAUUUUGUACACGGGGAGUGUUGAUGACAGAUCAGACGCGGCUAAUUCGCUUGUUUCUUUAGCCAGAGACAAUGACCGGUAUGGGAAAUUGAUUAUUGAAGAAGGCGGAGUUGGGCCAUUGCUGAAAUUAUUGAAGGAAGGGAAAUCAGAAGGUCAGGAGAAUGCUGCUAGGGCAAUUGGUCUUCUUGGGCGUGACCCGGAAAGCGUUGAACACAUGAUACAUGCUGGGGUUUGCUCAGUGUUUGCGAAAAUCCUCAAAGAAGGUCCUAUGAAGGUUCAAGCAGUGGUGGCUUGGGCAGUAUCUGAGCUUGCUGCUCAUUAUCCCAAAUGUCAAGAUCUUUUUCACCAGCAUAAUACAAUUCGAUUGCUGGUUAGUCAUCUAGCUUUCGAGACGGUUCAGGAGCAUAGCAAAUACGCCAUUGUCAGCAAAGCCACAUCGAUGCACCACGCUGUUGUCUUGGCUAGUAAUACCAAUGGUAGCGCCACCGAUACAGCGCAUAAGUUGAUUGAGGAUGAUGACAAAAAUCACGCUCUUCCACAUCCCUUGGGGAAUAAGAAGCCUAGUCACAUGCACAGUGUGGUUGCUACAGCAAUGAAGGGUCAAAUAAAACAGCCUCAGCAGAAUCCUAUCAAUGGUUUAAAUCAGACCAAGGUUAAUGGAAAUAACAGUCAGAAGCAAAAUCAAGCGCACCACCACAGUCAGCAUAGUCUUUCUUCAUCUGGGCUGAAUAAUAAAGGGAGAGAACUAGAGGACCCUGCUACUAAGGCUUAUAUGAAGGCAAUGGCUGCAAGAGCACUAUGGAAACUUGCCAAGGGAAAUUCGCCCAUUUGUCGUAGUAUCACUGAAUCAAGAGCGUUGCUUUGUUUUGCAGUACUGUUAGAGAAAGGACCUGAGGAUGUUCAGUAUGAUUCUGCUAUGGCAAUAAUGGAAAUAACAUCAGUGGCGGAAGUAGACGCCGAGUUGAGAAGGUCUGCCUUCAAGCCUAAUUCCCCUGCCUGCAAAGCUGUUGUUGAUCAAUUGCUAAGAAUCAUUGAACAAGCUGAUUCAGAUCUGCUUGUUCCAUGUGUUAAAGCUAUUGGGAGUUUGGCAAGGACUUUUCGAGCUACUGAGACAAGGAUGAUUACUCCAUUAGUAAAACUGCUUGACGAGCGAGAAGCAGAUAUUUCUAAGGAAGCUGCCAUUGCCCUAAAAAAAUUUGCUAGCUCGGAUAACUACCUUCACCUUGAUCAUUCCAAGGCAAUCAUUAGUGCUGGAGGGGCAAAACAUCUGAUCCAACUUGUUUACUUUGGUGAACAAAUAGUUCAGAGUCCAUCAUUGCUUUUGCUAUGCUACAUUGCAUUGCACGUUCCAGAUAGCGAAGAGCUUGCUCAAGCUGAGGUGCUUACAGUUCUUGAAUGGGCAUCAAAACAGUCAUACUUGAUUCAAGAUGAAUAUAUGGAGUCUUUACUGCAGGAAGCUAAAAGCAGGCUGGAACUCUAUCAGUCCAGAGGAUCAAGGGGAUUCCAUUAAUUGCAUCUGCAAAACUCAAUGUGCAGGAUUUGUAAGUUGUUAGAUGAAAAGUUUCUAUUUAUAUUUACAGUUUACUAUGGUCUUGGGAGUGUACAUAAGAUAGGUCUUUUUGUCUGCCCUAAUGAUAUAGUGGAACACCCUGUUCACCGCAUUAAAAAAUCAAAUGACUUUUGUUGAUCCAUUGUAAUAUUGUUCAGUUCUACAAGGUGUAUUAUUGUAUCUAGGACACAGAAUACCUUAUUCUUUGGUUAAUAUUGAUUGAUAUUCCAUUUCUCAAAUUUCUGGUUGUCA